ACAGGCUGCAGGGACGGGCGCUCUGAGACCGAGGCACUACGCUCCAGAGCGUCUGAAGCAACCAUGGGAGUAGUUCACACUUGCAACUCGAAAGAGUUGCCGCGCUGAACAUAGACUUUUUAUUUGUUGUUGUUGUUGUUGUUUGGAAUCGCCUUCACUCAGGGGACUUAUGGGCGCUUUUGUUCGUGUCAGUCCUCAAGCAGGAUGUUGUUUCUGACCAGACUCGGAAAGCCGGGUAAGAAGAGCGUAAAGUCUCUCUGAUGAGAGCCACCUCCUUCUAUCCGCCACACAAAGGGAACCACGGAACAAGUUCUUUUCUCCCCCCCACGCACCCACGCCAUUUCUCUCUCUCUCUCUCUCUCUCUCUCUCUUUUUUUUUGAUGUCAUAGUGGGGGGGCUCUUUGAAAGACAUCAUGGAUCACUUUGCAGCGGAGUGCCUUGUCUCUAUGUCCAGCCGCGCGGUCGUCCACGCUCCGAGGGGCAACAACCGGGAGGUGAAGGCGGAGAACCAGUCGCCUCCCCCCACGAGGAUCCCGGAGGACGCCAAAGAACCUGUGGUGAAGGACAACUCUUCUCUGUACGUGGUGGCCAGGAUCCUGGCGGAUUUUAACCAGCAGACCCCCGGCGGCGUGCUCAGCGAGCAGGCGAAGAGCAGGGAGGAGAGCCAAGCCGGCCUGCCGGAGGAUGCGAACUGUGCCACACCUACCAUCACCAUCUCGGAUCCGUCGCUCAAACAAAGGGGCAAGAGAUCGAGAGGUCGCAGCGAGCCGGAGUCCCCGCAGAAAAAGCACAAAUGCCACUAUUCGGGUUGCGAAAAAGUUUACGGCAAAUCGUCGCACCUCAAGGCGCACUUAAGGACGCACACAGGAGAGCGUCCAUUCCCUUGCACCUGGCCCGACUGCAGUAAGAAGUUCGCCCGCUCGGAUGAGCUGGCUCGCCACUACCGCACCCACACGGGAGAAAAGAAGUUCGGCUGCCCACUCUGCGACAAACGCUUCAUGCGGAGCGACCACCUGAUGAAGCACGCCCGGCGCCACUCGGAUUUCCAGCCCAGCAUGCUCAAGAGGCCCCACGCCGGCGGGGUCGUCGGCGGCGGGGCCGGCCACGCCGCCCGUCCCGGCUCCCUCAGCGACUACAGCCGCUCGGACGCCUCCAGCCCCACCCUGAGCCCCGCCCUGAGUCCCGCCAACUCGCCUUAAACUGAACAUCGCACUUUCCCGCCUCCAAUGUGGCGAGGCGUGUGUUCUUCUUGUCACGAUAACACUCGUGUUGUUGCGCGGCGGCGACCCCCGUCUUUUGCUAAUCUUGCGCUCGCUGUGGUGUACCAUACUGUACAGAACUGCUUAUCGUAGUGCAAUGACAUGUGUGAUCCUAUAAGAAGGUAACGCCUUUUCCCAGAUGGCAAUAUUUACAUUGUCGACCAUAUGUCUCGAUGUUUCUUCUAAUCGUGGCUCGUCUGUUUGCAGCAACUAAACACAACUCAGACGACGACAGAUGCCCUGAUGAGUCUUAUCGAAAUAUUUGUUUUUCUUUUAGGACAAAAAAAAAAAAAAAAACGGGUGAUGAGAAAGGGUACACACACACACACACAGGAAAAAAAAACACCUCAGGAUUGAAGACAGUUUCUCUUAAUACCACAAUACUUUACACAAACUGCACAAUAAAUUCAUCACUUUAAAGUUCAGCCGCCGGUUGAACUUUUGGCCCUGCUCAGGGAUGGCCUUGUUAGCUUGAACGAAUGGAGAGAAACAGUCAGUCCACACACAUACACAGUAUGUCUACAUAUGUACACUGUAGUAUAUGUAGACAUGUAUAUACACAUGUAUGGGCCUUACACUCAACACACUAUUGCACUCUGUUACGUCAGCUUCACUUCCUUCUUGAUAAAAAAAAAAAAAAAACAUUUAAAACCUCUUUCGCACAGAAAAGCCACGAAAUGAGAGCCACAGCAGUUAUUUGUCAUUGGCUUCUUCUUACGCGAAACCCGACAAAGGUGCGUUUGCCCGGAACGUGUGCGUUUUGACACGUCGCCUCUGUAUCCCACAAUCAGAUAAUUAAAUGCGACGGCGCCUGCUGUAAAAUAUUUGUCUGACAGCGACAAUAGCUGAAGCCAACUGUUCCGGCUCUGAUACCACUUUUGGGAAAUUGGAGUGUCAGAGUCUUUUCUAAAGAACAGAGAUGCAGAAAAAUGUCGGCUUUCAAAGCUGCGGCAUCCAUUCUGCCGGUGGACAUUUAUGGCCGCAAACACUCAGAAUUGGGUUAUAAAGAUACGUUUCAAAGCAGCUGUUUAAAUAAAUAUGGAGACAAAGGGACGGCCAUGUGCAUCCCUCGCACAAUCCCACCGGGACAAUAAAGUAGCAAAGACAUGGAUUGGUGAAGUGAGGCCCGGGGAUGAUUUGGAGCCUGUAAAUAUCCCGCAAGAAGCGUCAGGAAGGCUUGCAUGUGACCCAUCUGGCUCUACCUGUCCUGUCAAGAUGUCAAGUCUUGUCUCGACGUCAGCUUGAAAGUUAACUCGGAGGUUAAACGCAGUGAAAAGUGCCGGCGGAGCUAUCUGCAAUGCUCAGGCGGGAGGAGGCGCGUCCUGAUAAAAAGAGGAGAGGAAUGUUUAUCACGACAUGAGCAGAUGAGGAGACACCCUCGUUUCCUUCUUACGCAAACGAUCCAACCAGGAUGCAGCGACAGUACCACCUCGAUGUAGAGUUUCCCGACUAUUAAUGAGUUGAGGCACAUGCAUUUGUUGAACCUAAAAUGCGACCUUGGCAGGUGAUGCGCAGUCAUCCUAAAAUCCCACCCAGAAAGCACAAUAUCUUUUUUUUUUUUGUCCAUAAGCAACAUUUGGGAUAUUUGUAACUACAUUCUUCUUUUGCCCAAUUCCCAUUUCAGAUAACUGCAAUCGCAUUUCACUGAAGACAAAUGAUGGCAUCUUUGCCAUUCAUGUAUAUGGACUUUGACAUUCCAUAUAUAUCUAAUUCAUUUAGAGAUAUCUGGCAUCUGAGUUACUGAUGUCUGAAACUGAAUUUUACACGUCUAACUCCAGUUUGAGAUAUCUAUAAUUAGAUUGUGACUGAUCAUAAUUAAAUCUAUUCACUCCAGUUCAAUAUAUCCAUAUGUUCCUUUUGAAUAUUUUACAUCAUGUUUUAAAGACUAGUUGGAAUCAAACUGUAGAUGCAGUAUCUCAAAAAGAGGUUAGCGAUAUCUAUGAUUCAAAUAUAGAUAUCUGUAAUCAACUAGUGUCGGCUGAACUGUCGAUAUCAUGAGAAACUCUGUUACACCAGAAUGGCAAAAUUGACAUGAUCAGAGAGGCAAAAUGACUUUAGAGAUCUAUGUAAUUCAUUAAUUGUUUAUCAACUACGAUACAUUAUUUGCAAACAAUAAAUCCUUAUUUCCCAACUAACGUGGUGCAACUGCAAAAUGUCCUUUUUCUGUGGCACAAUUGUGGCUCUGCACCGGUUGGAAAUGAUUGAGGUUGAAAAUCAGUUUUUGCCACAAGCGAGCACAGAGACAAACGUCGCACUAUUAAACAACUGCUUUCAAACGGCUCUGAGCAAAAGGAACACGUCAUCAGGGUGCAGCCACGCUCCCGUGAGAAAGUCCACUUGUGUUUCUAGACAAGCAAAAAACAAAACAAACAAAAAAAAACUUCCAUGUAAACGGGCAGCGCUUAUCCAAACGGGUCCAUUCUGCAUCCUCGUGCUUGGAAAUACAGCCAUCCGUGUUGCUUUGAUCCCAUCGCAUCCAAUCCAGACUGUUGCCAUGGCGAGCGGCGCGUACUCUCCUCAGCGCCACACGCAUGUUAACAACUCCGGCAGGUGUACGUCCAUGAAUGCCGGGUCUUGUCCCCGUCUCACCCCCCCCCCCCUCCACCCCAGCAGCGAUCUUUCUUUUCAAAGAAGCAACUCUUGUCACCCCCACCCCCCCAAGACAAAACACCCCUUAGAUCCGACGCAGCGAUUCGCUGAAACAAAACUAUUUUUUUUUUCAAAUAGCAGGAUGACACUUUUUAGUCAGAGAAACCACUGGGACAAAAAUCUUUUCAAUUCUCCAAAUUGCUGUUGAGCAGCUUUUUUGUGCAGUUUUGCAUGCUUUCUUAAUCCAUAAACUGCACAAUUACCUCAGGUUCCACGGGCUGUGUAUGGGUCUUAUGGGAAAUUUUGUUUUCACUGCUGGUCAGUGUCCAGUUUCACCCCCCCCCCCCAUCCUCAAGGCCCACCUGCCUCUUAAGUCUUCACAACAUCCUGCCUGAUUCAAAAUUUGGGCUCUCUGAGGCUGACAUAAAAUAACCCCCCCCCCCACCCACCCCGCAGUGGACCGAACACACGGCAUUGUGUGAAAGAGGAAAUGUCCAGAUCCAUCCAUCCAGCCAUCUUUCCAUCCUUCCACUCCAUCCUAUCCAUCCAUGCUCUCACUGUAACAAACUACUUGAAUAAUUCAAUACAGAAGGCCAUUGAACACCAUUUUUGUACAUUUUUACAGUUUUUUUUUUAAAUAACAGAAUAAUAUACUUAUUUGUGAGGGUUCCCCCUCAUCUUCAGGUCAUUGGUUGAAUUGUUUGUUUCAUGACAAAAGCAGCCAUCCUCUCAGCAGAGAACUGUUGAUGUAAGGGGUGAUGGGCACGUAGGCUCAUCCUCACAAAUUCCUCCUCAUUCCAGGAACUGGGAAUGUUCAGCUGGCAGGCGCCAGUUAUGAUAUGAAACUUCCUGACCUCUAAGUAUAUUCAUUUCACACAGAGUGACUCGUUUAAUUUUCUUUGAAACUGCAUUCCCUUCAAAUUAGAGACCGUGAGAGUUAGCAACAGUCCUAAUUUAUAUCAUUGCUUUCUGUGUUUAUACUUUUCAGGCUCAUAACUCCUUGAUGAAAAUGUUUCGCUUUCUGUUAGCAUCGUUUCCAAACACACGGUGUAGCUUCUGCUUCACGAGUAGCACAAAUUAGGUGAUUAUUUGUUUCCGCUUGAACGACAGGAGAGAAAACAAGGCUUUCUAUUCUGUAAAUAAAUCAUUGGGUUUUUAUUUUAUAUGUGUAAAAAAAAAUGUUGUCAGGGUCCUUCACGUGCUUUGGAUUCAAAGUUUGAAAAGAAAAUGCAAAAUGAGCCACACGCGUACUGUGAUGGUUUGAAACAUACAGGAUGAUGUCAGCGUUGAAUAAUGAUUACGUUUUUCAGUAAGAAAGAACUUUAACCAGUAAGGUUCUUAAUUUCAUUGUACUGCUUAAUAGUUAACUGCAUAUUGUGUGUAUAUAUAUAUAUAAAAAAAUGUGUUUCAUUAAAAUGAUUGGCUGGCAACCAGUUCAGGGCGUACCCCGCCUCCUGCCCGACGACAGCUGGGAUUGGCUCUCGUACCCCCGCGACCCUUGUGAGGAUAAGCGCCUCUGAAAAUGGAUGGAUGGAUGGAUCGACUGAUGAACUAAGCAUAUUUAACAAAAAAAAGACGACACGUGGAAUAUUUUCAACUGAUGUCAAAAGUACAGGGUUGGUGGAUGUAACUGUGUGCCAAAACACAAAUGUUAGAGGGUAAAUAGCUACUAUCAGACGAUGUACAGUUUUUUUUUCUCUCCAAGUGCUUUUGUGUCAUGUACAGGAUUUAAUGAAGCAAAUGUGCAUAUUUGUACGAUUAGGUGAACUAUUUUCUGCUUUUCGACCAUUUGGUCGCGUAGCUUCCUUUUUGUUUUCCCAUUCUCGUUAUUUAAUUGUACCUUUUGGUUGGCGUUCGUCACGCGAGCGACGUUGAACGGCUUUUGGAUCAUUUUAAUGCUAACAAGACGAAGCCCGACCAUUCCAAAGGAUUGAAAGUUGCGUGUUGCUGCUUACGUGGACCCCGAUCGUUGUCGCUUUUUUUUUUUUUUUUUUUUUGGGGGGGGGGGGGGGCUUACAAAUGUGUCCCAACUGUGAGUUUUUACACAUUGUGAGUCGUGCACAAGGUACGUUCCUCAUUGUUUCCCGGGUGUAAUCUCUCCUCGUAUUUGCCCUUAAGAGCGAGGCCUGCGUGUGGCCCAUUCAAAUGAACAACGUUCAAGACUCAUGUACAUAUGUGGCGUAUGCCCUUUUUUCAAAUACACAUUUAAGAUUAGUUAAUGACUUUUGAGAGGGGAUCCUUCGUGGGAUGGCGUGAUUCUUGGGUGUGGAGAAAUUGUUACCAAAGCCUAUGAAGGGAAACACGAAUGUUGCAGUAAUUCGGUUCGGCAGAGGCCGGACUUGGUAACGGACCUUUCUUGAUUCUUGGAUC